AAGAAUAUGUUCAGUAUGAUUUCAGCAUGGAAGAACUUUGCUUAUAUAUAUAUAUAUACUUGUCACAGGGCCUUUCUAUGGACACCUGCAGCCAGUGUGUCUCACGAAUGGGGCCGGUUGUAUCCAGAGGCUUCAGGACUUCAGCUUCUAUGGCUCAGACACAACCAUCAGCUUUGUGCUCUGCUCCACCGCAUGUGGCCCACUCUGGUCCAAGCAACCUCCCAUCCUCAGCCAUCCUCGUUCCAUCUCCUGGCAGAGAGGCCAUGUCAGAAGGAAUCCACGAAGAACAGUUUAAUGAGGCAGAGUUGAUCAGAUGCAUUCAAACACAGCUGGCUCUGUUGCAAGCACGGGAAAGGGAGCGUGAGUUGAAGGAGGCUGUCAGAAAUUGCCCAGAUGUUGACCCAGUGCAAUCCAAGCCACCCAUUUCCAAAGAACCAGAGAUAACUGAAGAAUACAAUGAAGGCACUUUAAGUGAAGAGGAUACCUUAGAGGGCAGUGAUGUGGCACCUGUGAGAGAUACAAGCUGCCAAACUAGUUUCAGCACAGAAAUCUUAAAGCCUCAAAAAAACAGCCUGCAGAAAAGAGUCCAAAAAGUGAAAACUGUAAAGUAUCUUUUGACAGAGCUCAAGGCCUUGCUAACUGACCAUGAUUCAGAAACAUUAGGGGUGCUAGAUGAAAUAGAUGACACCACGUCACUCUUGCCCGCAACUAUUGAGAAUACAAAUAUACAAGCUGAAAUAGCACUUGCCCUUCAGCCUCUCAGAAGUGAAAACGCCCAGUUGCGCAGACGACUAAGAAUUUUGAACCAACAGCUGAGGGAACAAAACAGAGCUGAAAAGGAAUGUAGCUUGGAUAGCAACUUGGAAGUUGUGUCCCUCCAGUCUUUGAAUAUGACAUUGCAGAGUCAGUUGAAUGAAUCCAUGAGAAGCAUUGAGUUGUUGCAGGAUAAAAAUGAAGAAUUCAUUAAAAUCCUAGAAAGCCAAAAAGAAGAAAAUAAAAGGCUAACUAGACAAAUCCAUGAGAAAGAACAAGAGCUACUUGAAAAGAAACAACAGCGGGAUAUUGACUCAACCAAACUCAAAAUAGAAGCAGAUGAAAUGUUGACCAAUGUGAAGACUUACCAGUACAGGUUAGAAGCGGCUGAGAAAGAAAACCAGAUUUUGGGCAUAACAUUGCGUCAGCGAGAUGCAGAAGUGAAUAGACUGCGUGAAUUGACCUGGUACUGUUAACCUUGUUUAUUUCUCUUAGUGU